AUGGGCCAUGGGCUGAUAAAUGUCGCUGUCUUGAAAGAAAUCAACGAGGCCUACAACAGCGGGCAUGAAAUCAUAAAAACACUCAAAUCCUCUUGCUUGCUAGAGCCUGGGGACGACGAAGACAAUGAGGUAAAAAUGCAUUGCAUCAUCAGAGAGAUGGCACAGCAGAUAGCCUCCGAUCGGAAGUUGAUUGUGCUGAGUCGUGCCACACUCUGGAGAAACCCAACAGACUUGGAGCUUUGGGCAUCGGCGGAGCAUGUCUCUUUAAUCCAAGGGGAGAUUGGCGUGCUUCCUGAUGCUCCACCAAAGUGUUCCAACCUGGUAACCUUGAUGCUUCAAAAGAACCCAUCUUUGAAGCAUAUACCUAGUGAUUUCUUUGUUUCCUUUCCUGCUUUAACUUACUUGGAUCUAUCCUACACCCGAAUCAUUGAGCUCCCAUCGGAGAUUAGCCGAGCAAAAAAUCUUCAAUACCUCAAUUUGUCAUACACAGAUAUCACUAGUCUGCCCGAGAGUUUAAAAUAUCUUUCAAAAUUGAAAUUCCUCCUCCUGAGAGAUCUUGAGCGCAUCACAAAGAUACCAUCUGGCGUGAUAUCAAACCUACGGAUGCUAGAGGUGCUCGACCUAUCCCGCACUCGGUAUGAGGGUUGGGUAGAAUUUGCAGCCCUGAGUCAAGGCUUUAAAGCUCUCGGAAUCACCGCGGAAACAGUUAAGGCUAUCAGACGGCUCUCCCUACUGUGCAAUGUGAUGAUUUGGCGCCUGGACAUAUGGAAGCUGUCCGACUUGCCUCAGCCAUACCACUUGUUGCUACCGGAAUUCCUCGGGAGCCACAACAUGUCGUCAAGCCUUCAGCAACUGAGGAUUGAAGACUGUGAGACCCUCGAGAAGCUGAUAAUGGAAAAGGGGGGUCAGACCAUAGAGCAUAGUCAAAGGAACUGGUGUCUUCCGCAGCUCGAGAUCUUGGAGAUAAACAAACUCAAAGAAUUAAACGAGAUCAUUUGGAGCGGGCUGCAUCUUUCGGAUUAUCUUCCGUACCUUUCUAUUCUCAGGGUAUCUUACUGCAACAAGCUGAAGAACGUUACGUGGAUUCUCAAGCUUUUGUGCCUAGAGGAGCUUGUAUUGCACGCUUGCGAGCAGAUGGAGCAAGUGAUCGAUGAUGCAGGUGAGGCAGCUGCUGUGACCGAUCUGGCCUCUAUGGGCCUCAAGAAGAUCUUCUUGAGCGAACUGCGAAAUUUGACUGUCAUCUGCCACACUAAGUCAGCCUUCCCUUCAUUGAAAAUACUUCGUGUGAUCAACUGCCCCGCUCUCAGGAGCCUACCUUUCAACUCGGAGACGCCCAAAAACAAAUUAAGAAUAGAGGGUGACCCGGACUGGUGGGGUAGGUUAGAGUGGAACGACGGCGACCUUGAAUCUUCCCUCCGACCCUGUUUCCAAGGAUGA